UAUCGGUCCAGCAAUAAUGUACUGCUCUGUCCGGGAAUCGAAGGCUUCAUACAUACUUCCUACUUCCAGCGUGUAGUGGACAGGAAAACGGGUAAUUAAAACGGAUUUUUGCAGAAAUGCCGGCCUCUGCCUCGGAAUCAACUUCUCCGCCUGGGGAUGGUGACGGUAAUCUUGUGCUUUCCAUGGUAUGCGCUGCCCCCUUCCAGAGUAUGCAGGAUUGCCUUGCCCACGAGCUGCUCAAGCAUGCCAGUAAGCCCCAGAAGCAACUGCGACAGCGAUUGAACGCCAUUACCAAAAAAAUAACCGGUGGACAGAGGGACUGGAGCUAUUUGACGGAUGGAACUAUUCGAUUCACUUGCAAGUUUACGAUGAUCAAGGAUAUUAAGCAAUAGCUUGUCAUGCCGCCAUGGCUAAUCAAUUUUAGCUUCUUGGCCCAGAUCUUCAAAAACAGGCUGAGCUCGCGUAUCCGCUCAUUGCGUAACAUAAGUUCGCCCACAAAUCGGGAGUUAUAUGUGCUAAACCAGUAACCAGUGAACCAAAGGGUGUUCCCCUUUGGGUGUGAAUGAACCAAAGGGUGUUCCCCUUUGGUUCACUGCUUACUGGUUUAGCAUUGAAGGAGAGCGACAUCGAUUUGUUUCUGGAGCCCAACGGCAACCAGCCACCAUUGUUCCAUAAGCAGCUUUACAACAAGACCUCACACUUUUUACGAAGAUCCAAAUGCUUUACAGAUGUCUUCACCAUUCGUCAUGCCACCGUGCCCAUCAUUAGAUGUAAGCAUCAGCUCACCGGACUCAACAUUGACAUCAAUAUGUCAAAGCCGAAUGGCACAUAUAACUCCCGAUUUGUGGGCGAACUUAUGUUACGCAAUGAGCGGAUACGCGAGCUCAGCCUGUUUUUGAAGAUCUGGGCCAAGAAGCUAAAAUUGAUUAGCCAUGGCGGCAUGACAAGCUAUUGCUUAAUAUCCUUGAUCAUCGUAAACUUGCAAGUGAAUCGAAUAGUUCCAUCCGUCAAACGGCUCCAGUCCCUCUGUCCACCGGUUAUUUUGUCGGGCGUUAACUUUGCCUACAACCUGGACCUAACGCCGCCGAUUACAGAACGGCUCACCACGCUGGAUUUACUUAAAAACUUCUUCAUAUACUACAGCACUGUCAACUUUGACAAAAGUUUAUUGAGUCCGUUUCUGGGCGGUUGUGUGGACAAGAAGACAACACUGGGCAUACCGGGAGGAUUUCCCGAGUACGAUGAGCAACAGAAGCUCGUGCAGUAUGCAACAGGUGCGCCGCCAGACGCUUUCCAGCUGGAUAGAGCCAUGUGCGUACAGGAUCCCUUCGAGCUGAACCGCAACGUGGCCAAAUCUGUGUCCAUUUCAAAUUUAUUUUACUUUAGACAAUGCCUAGUCCUGGCAGCUCAAGCAUGCAGCGAUCAGGAACUAACUUCGCAACCGGAGAAGCUAUACGACUACCUAUUAUUUGGCCUGGCGGAUAAGUUAGUAGCCGACAAAAUAGUGGCAGACAAAAGAUCAGAGAAGGAUAUUCCGCGAAAGCAACAAAAAAUGGAAAACGUCGAUGGGCAACCGCCAGUCGUCGAAGAGACACAAGAAACAAAAGUCGGCGAAGUCGGAGUGUAUAGAACGCCGCCCUUAGAGCGAUCACACGUCAUCACGCCCACCACAAACGAUCUAAAAUGCCUGCGCUCCGUUGUGCUGACCAACAAAACGGAGAAAGGUCAGAGCAUAUACUAUUACUGGUUGGUCUGCUAUGUGGACACCAUAAAGGAUGUGCUAACCCAACUGUAUGCUUUGAAAGUUGAACUUAAGGAAUCGGAGGAGCCGAAACACUACAAGUGGCUAAUCAGCAUUUCUUACGACACUUGGACAGGACGCACUUUCCAGCGUGGCGCCGGUCAAUCUUUCUUCGCCCACCAGUUGCAGCAGACGAUUGAGUUUACGAAGACGAGAAUGGGAAAUCCGCAGUACGCAGUCAAUUUGCGCGGCUAUUUCUCGCUGCAGGCCAGGGAGGAUUACAAGGAGUUGCGCCUGGAUGUGCAGCCUCUUCAAGGAGAUCUCCUCGGGCUGCAGCGCAAUAGUCCGCUAACAAGGCUUUUUAAAGCGUUUAAGAAUCUCCUGGGCAACUAUAGUUUCAAAGAGAAGGCCAGCACCUGGAAGUUUUGCGCCACGUCUGACCAAAUCUGACAAUAUCACCAUGUCUAACAUGGUUUAUUUACAUACUUUUCGAAUUCAAUGCCAAAUUGAAAACACACACUUUACAUACAUUAAUUUAUUUGAAUUUACAAUAUCACUAUAGACUAAACUAAUACCUUAAAUUAUAAGUGUAACGACUAAUCAUAUGUAAAGUUGACUAAACUAUUUCUUGGCGAAGGUCUCUUGGAGCAGGGAGAAAUUAUUUACAAGGGCAACAAACAAAGUUUAUCUAAAUCAUUUACCAGGGUGUGUCUGAAAGUCCCGAAGAAUAAUAAAGAAGUUAUAAUUGUGUAAAGUA